GGGCCCACAAGUGCAUUUCUGUCUUGGUGGCUGCUUCAAGUCCCUAAGUGCCAGCCAGGGGGCCCCUGGGAAUGAAUGUUGCCAGGGCCGCCCUGGGAGUUUGAUGUUGUUGGACAUGGUGCUUGAUGCCACCCCACCCUCCAAGCUGCGAGCCCUAAGCUUCAGCUGGGGUGGGGCACGAGAGGUGACCCCAGCACAGCAGCACCCCCCUCCCGAAAUUGUGCGUGUCAGGCUGGUAGCGUGUGUAGGGUCCCUCGUGUCUGGGGAGGGCAGGUGAAGGCAGGGACUGCCCUGGGUUUCCCUCUAGGCUAGGCGGUUGCCACGCUGCAGGUGGUGGGGAGGGACGCUCCAAACGCUCAAAUGAGGUCUCGGGGGAGGAGGGGGAUGAGAUGGGGCGGGCCAAGCCCCCAGGAAGCCCUACUGGGAGCCCAGAGCCAGAUUAGCUUCAGUUUUUAGGACGGUCAGACUAGCUUCAGCUCUUAGGACUGUCAGCUCUUCCGUCCUCCUCAGCUGCCGGGUCCAGCAGGGGCUUCCCCUCAAAGCCCGAGGCAGAGAAACUCCAGGUUUGUGUUCCCGCCACCCACUCCGGCCCCGGCCCCCGCGCUGCUCUUCUAUUUCAUCCCUGUCCGCAGCAGGCUUAGGCUGACCGAUAUGGGGGUUCCUAGGAGCAGUGCGGAGACCAGGACGUGCCGCCAUGGGUUUCCAGAGGAGACGGUGCCCUUUGCUGGCGGGCCUGAGUGGGGGGUUGCUGCUGCUCCUCAACUGGGGGUCCCUGGUCCAGCCCAUUGAUCUCUCAGCACUGGCCCAUCACCCCCACUUAUGCGAGACAACCCGGGGAGCUGACGGCCGCCACUUCCCCGGCUUCUUCUGCCCACGGCUCUCUGAUGACCCCGAGCAGGCUUACUGCUGCCACAUGCAGGCCGCGGGGGGCUCCUGCUGCACCCUGGCGGAAUUCGAGGCUCUAUACCAGGUCAACCUGUCUUCCCUGCCGUCCCCGCCCAUCUUCCGGGGCCCCGGCCCGCUCUUGGCGCUGGGCCUCUACAGCCUGCUCCUCGUGGCGCUGAUGACGGCGGACCUCGUGCACUUCUGCCGCGGCCGGGGUCGGAGUCCGAGCCGGACCCCGCGCAGCCCGAGCCCCGCGCGCCAGGCACGCCCCCCGCGGUCCUCCACGGCUCGGCCCCUGCAGGUCCCGGCGGGAGCGGACUAG